UCUCGUAGUCGAUGAAGUAGAGUCUACUGUAGAUACAGAUGGGAUACAGACUUUAAAAACGAUCUAACAUUUCCAGUUUGUCGAGAAGUUAAUUCAGCAUUUUAAUGGAUACCUAUGUGUGAUAAAUGUACGCAUUUGAUUGUAUGCUUUGUCUGAUUGACAGUUUUUCCAUAUAGCCGAUCUAUGCUGAAAGGAUAUACAGUCAUGGAGCGAUCAUUAAUUAUAGUGGUGGUUAAGAAAGCGCCGAUGAAAUCGGCCACUGUCAAUAAAUAAAUGGAGACUGCGAGGACUUGUAUGAGAAUGGGUAACAAGUGUUCUAUAAAGAGGCUGAUACGAGGUUAACUUCAUUCACUGGAAACUUCAGAUUUGGGGAACAUGAAGUUGUCUUCAGUCAGAAUGGGAGUCGUCAAGGUCAUGUUGCUCAUCUUUUUGGCCAUUCUGUUGUCUGACUGUGCAAGGGGACCUCCGCUGGUGGCUGAGAGGGUGGCCCAUAGACAGUCAGUGCACCUGGGGAGUUCCAUCAAGCUGCCAUGCCCUGUUGAAGGAGACCCGCCACCCCUCAUCAUGUGGACCAAAGACGGCCACAACAUCCACAGCGGCUGGACCCGCUUCCGCAUCCUCCGCCUGGGCCUGAAGAUCAAGGAAGUGGAGGUUGAGGAUGCUGGAACAUACAUCUGCAAAGCCACCAACGGCUUUGGCAGCGUCAGCAUCAACUAUACCCUCAUUGUCAUUGAUGACUCUGGUGCUGAUAAGACUGGGCCAGGGGUCCCUGGUGGGGUGGACUCAGAGUAUGACCCUGACCACCUAUCAGGAAAACUAGUGCGUCCCCGCUUCACACAGCCUGCUAAAAUGAGGAAACGGGUGAUUGCCCGCCCAGUGGGGAGCUCUGUGCGGCUGAAGUGUACAGCCAGCGGUAACCCUCGGCCAGACCUUGUGUGGCUGAAGGACGACAGGCCGCUGACGGAGCGCGAGGUUGGCGAGGGGCGCCAGAAGAAGUGGACUCUGAGCCUGAGGAACCUGACCCCGGAGAACAGCGGCAAGUACACCUGCAGAAUCUCCAACCAAGCAGGGGAGAUCAACGCCACCUACAAAGUGGAGGUCAUACAGCGAACCAACUCCAAACCCAUCUUGACGGGCACUCACCCGGUCAACACCACAGUGGACUAUGGGGGGACUACCUCAUUCCAGUGCAAAGUGAGGAGCGAUGUCAAACCGGUCAUCCAGUGGCUCAAGCGUGUGGAGUCCAAUGGGGAGAGUCGGUACAAUUCCACCAUCGAGGUGGGCGACCAUCGCUUUGUGGUGCUGCCCACGGGAGAGGUGUGGUCACGCCCUGAUGGCUCCUACCUCAACAAGCUGCUCAUCACCCGCGCCAAGGAGGAGGAUGCUGGCAUGUACAUCUGUCUGGGUGCCAACACCAUGGGCUACAGUUUCCGCAGUGCUUUCCUCACCGUGCUGCCAGACACCAAGCCACCCAUCCCCCCGAUGUUCACCCCAGCCUCCAGCACCCUACCCUGGCCUGUCAUCAUCGGCAUCCCUGCUAGCAUGGUGUUCAUCUUUGGUACAGUGCUACUGUGGUUCUGCCAGAGUAAGAAGCACUGUUCCCCUCCCAGCACUCCGGCUGCGGCUGCCCAGGUCCUGCAGGCCUCCCACCGGCUGCCCUACCAGGAGAGGGACAGGAGCUGUGUGGCCCACUUCUCCACUUCCUCCAGCCCAGAGAAGGACUGCCUGGGCUCCAUAAACUAUGAGGAGUAUCUGGCUCAGCAGCAGCUUCUCCUCACUCAGGGGGUCUCUGCCCUACCCCCCAAAAUCUACCCCAAAAUCUACCCAGACAUCCACACUCACAUCCACUCCCACGUGGAUGGGAAGGUGCACCAACACAUUCACUUUCAGUGUUAGCCAUGUGCCAAAUAUAAUAAUAUAUGCCAUUUAGCCAAAGCAACUUAUAGUCAUGCGUGUAUACAUUUUAAGUAUGGGUGGUCCCAGGAAACGAACCCACUAUCCUGAUGUAGCAAGAAACAUGCUCUACCAACUGAGCUACAGAGGACCAAAUGUAAUGUUGUCCCCUUCUCUGCGCCUCUGAAGAAUGGCAUCGUACAGUGAGGGUCUGAGCUGUGGACUGAACCUCAGAGAACAGCUCUCUGGUUGUACCUGCAUACCUGCCUAGUCCUUGGUGCAACUUGUUUCAUAUCAACACCACUAAAAGACAUCAAACCCCGAUGUGCACUUUGUACACAAAUCCCCAAGGGAUUCUGCAAUGUGUUAACGGCUAUUCAGACUUACUGAGAGGGCUAUGGGUCGUUCCACCAAUUUGGUGCCUUUUGAGAAGUUUUUUUUUAAAUUUAAUUUUACAUUCUCUCAUAAAGAUCACAUGUUCGACUUCAUAAAAAGGUUUUCCCAUCUCGAGAGUUAAAGCUAGAAUUCUUAGUUGCUACAUCCAUUUUUGGAGUUUUAAAUGAAUGAUAUACACUGCACAAAACAUUAAGAACACCUGCUCUUUCCAUGACUAACCAGGUGAAAGGUAUGAUUCCUUAUUAAAUUCCUGUUAAAUUCACUUCAUUCAGCGUAGAUGAAGGGGAGACAGGUUAAAGAAGGGUUUUUAAGCUUGGGGAGCUCUGAGGUACCUGAACACAUGAGAAAAUAAUCACGCAUGCAUAUCAUCACAUUUACGUAGUGACGUAGAGUAGAGGCACUUACAGAAGUUGCACACAUAGGCAAAAUGUUGUGGCCAAGAGUCCAGGUAUUUUUGGGCCUUUUAUAAACGCAUUUCAUGCGAUUCUACAUCAUUUUACAUGACUGGAGAUUUUUGCAUAUAUUUUUUCAAUGCCGCGUUUGGGAACUCGGAGAACUCAGAGCUGGGAAAUCUCCAACUUCAGUACAUUCAAGACAACUAGGAAAUCGGUAAAAAAAAAAAACGAGCUCCGAAUGGGAAAAAUAUUUAUUUAUAUACUUUUAAAAUAUAUAUAUAUUUUUUUACCCUUUUUCUCCCCAAUUUGUAGUUACAGUCUUGUCUCAUCGCUGCAACUCCCGUACUGACUCGUGGCACAGCUAGUCUGAAAAUUAUCAUCUAGGAUGUUGGUAAAAGCCUUUGGUUAGUAUCAUAGCAAGGAAACAAAUCAUAGCAAGGAAACAAAACACAUAGCCGAUUUAAAUUAUUUACGACAACAGCCCUAAUGUUGAAAUCAAUCAUUGUCAUCCAGUCACGUUUAUGAUCCUGUUCUAGCAGGAUCCGGCUCAAAUUAAGCACCGAAGUCAACAUGGGCCAGCAUCCCUGUGGAACUCUAGAGUCAAUGCCCUGACGAAUUGAGGCUGUUCUGAGGGCAAAACCGGGUGCAACUCAAAAUUAGGAAGUUGUUCCUAAUUUGUAUACUCAGGGUAUAUUCAUACAUUUAAAAAAAAUAAUAAUAUAACGUAUAAAUGCCUCAUGAGCUUAGUUUAGCAGUCGUACCCCAUCAGAACCCAAAAAGAUAAGCUUAUUUUACUCCAAUGUUUGUAAAAAAUUUAAAUGUAAAGAAAAAAACCUGUAUUGCCUCAAAACAUGAAUUUGUAUAUAAUGGAUGGUCAGUUCUUGCAUCCAUACCUCUGUUUAGGAAUUUGAGAGUGGUUACAUUUCUCUAGGCACAUCCCUCAGUUUAUAACUAGGGUUUAAGAUUGAUGGUGAAAACUUGGGGUUAAGUGUGUUAAAAUCUUCCUAGAAGUCACAAAGGGUGCAUGGAGAGAUUCUCCAAGUUGUCGAUAUGAAAGAGGUAUUUCAUUUAUUAUAACAGGUUUAUAAAAUCCAAUAUUGUACUCAAUUGGCACUCAUUUUGUGGAACAACCCAUAUCCAUCAGUAACUGUGCUGUUUACCCAUCUCAACUAACCUAGAGGGGUUAGGGUCAGUUUAGACCUUUACCUCUAAACCUGUUGUAGGGCACAAGAUAAGAUAAGCUCUGCUAGGUGAUGUUAAAGGACGCAUGGAAUGUAAUACAAAAGGGCUGGUUUUACACUCAUACUCAGGUCAGCCCUUUGAUGAAAAAAAAAUGUUUAAUUGAUUGAAUGCACAUCCAUUUAACCCUGACCACUAGUGUCCAUCAAUAAUCCUGUUUCAUUUCACUCACAGUCACCCCUGAAGGCCUCAAAGGGCUAUAUGAAAAUAGAUAGGUAGCAUUUUUGGGGGAUAUUUGAAUCAUGUCCAUAUCGAAGACUGCAAAGAAUAAUAUUGCGCCAAUGUUGACUGUUUGACUGGACUCGAUACAUAUCACUGUCGGAAUCCAAAUGUUACUUAGGUUACCACCACUACUAGCCUUUUGUAUGUGUUUUAUAGAAUCCUUGCAAGAGGUAUGAGGUCAAAAAUAUCCCCAGUGUUGCAGUGAAUAUAUGUAACACCAUUGGGACUGCAGUCCAAUCCAACAACAAUUGAUAUAGAUGUAGUCAUUUUAUAUGGAUUUUAAAAGAGGCGUGUAUUUAAUUUAUUUUGAUAUGGAAAUGUAUUGUUUAUUUUUCAAAGUCAGGCAUUUUGAAUAUUUUGAAUGUGUAGGAUUAUGUUUACUGUAGUUGCAAUGUAAAGUAUACAGUGCAUUUGUAAAGUAUUCAGACCCCUUGA